AUUGAGCACAAUCUUUAAAUAGGAGUAAUACCCCCGCGUACAGUGCGGCAGCCUGCUGGCUCAGAUAUUUUGGUCCUUAUCUCACUCUAAACCUCUCCGAGAAAUUCCAGGAUGCCUUCAAAUAAAAACAUGCAAGGUGGGAAAGCUUUCGGUCUGUUGAAGGAGCAGCAGAGGCAGAAGCUGGAGGAAAUAAACAAGGAAUACUUGGAAGACCAGAAAUACAGGGAUGAAGAAGGCCUGGCAGAGAAACUGGAAAGCUUAAAAAAUAAAUAUGCUGAGUUUGACCUGAACGAUGAAGGAGAGAUUGAUCUGAUGGGGCUGAAACGAAUGAUGGAGAAGCUCGGGGUGCCGAAGACCCAUCUAGAACUGAAAAAGAUGAUUGUUGAAGUGACCGGCGGCAGCAGCAACACCAUCAACUACAGGGACUUUGUCAAGAUGAUGCUGGGCAAGCGCUCUGCUGUUCUCAAGCUAGUUUUACUGUUUGAAGAUAAAGCUAACAGCACCCCCUGCAAGCCAGAUGGACCCCCACCGAAACGAGACAUCACCAGCCUGCCUUAAACCUCCAUGUCAGUCUCCAGACUGUGGAGCAGAGGGACCAUAUGUGGCUGCAUGGAACAACGUGGAAUAUUGUUUUAAUGUGGAAACCAGGGAUCAAAGAUGAUGUUUUGUGAACAAGUGGUGCGUGAAAGGUUUCUGUCGUUUGGAAGACCGAGCCUUAAACUCACUAAAAGAUGUUUGACUGUGAAUAUUCAUGUUUUUUUCCCCCUUUAAAUCAAAUGUAGCAGUGAUAGUUGUACAUGUAAUCCAACUGAUAAGUUAAAUUUUUUUACUAAGCGUUUUGUGGUUGUAUUUUAAGGGAACACUCAUAUUUCUAUAAAAGUUGCUUCUCUGUCCUUUCUUUCCUUAAACCUGGAAAAAAAUCCAGCUUAAUGACGCAAGACUUGGUGACUUCUGGAAAAUCCUUGAACAAAAAGCAGUUUUUCUGUCCCAUUUUCUCCACCUUCCUCACUAGUCCUACAUGCUGCUGCUGAGCUAAUGCCAGAGAACACAUUCCGCUUAUUUCAUCCUGAUCAUCAGACCUAGGGUGCUGCAACCUGCUUUUUGAAAAUUCACUCACAGUUGUUUAGAGAUGAGCAGAAAGAGAUUACACUAACUGGAGGAGUUUGGGUUUCAACAAGUGGCUUGAAGGCCAGCCGGUUUGAUCCAGUUUCAAAUGGGUGAUCUUUCAGGACGCAGUUUCACAAACACACAAAGCAGAACAAAUGCACAUAGAAUGCUACAUAAAGUACAAUCACGUCCUUUCCAAGUGCCUCAACUUGCAGCUACUGUAAGGCUUAAGCCCUUUCAGAAAGGAAGAAAAGCACACAUGCAUUCAUGUAAAACCACUUUUAGCUUGGCUAUUCCAGAAAAUCAUGAAUUUAUCUUUGAUUUUAGGUAAGAUAGCGUGAAUAAGUGAAUUUUAAAUAUGUUUUGCUAUUGCUUUGCAUUCAUGAGUGAAUGAGAUUUACUCUUAUUUUUAUUUUGCUUAAUAAACGUUUUAUAUUUCACUGU